CCCUCACCUCCAAAUUCCCCGCCCCGCUAAAUCCAUCCUUCCGCUUGCGCGGGCGUCCAUUCGGCGCUGAGCGGUAUCGAGGCCUUCUCAAUUUUUCAUCUUCUCCGUGUUCCUUUUUGAUUAUCGAAGGAUAUCUUAUUAGCUUUUUGAGUACUUUGAUUGUGUUCAAGAGAAUGUGGAUGAAUCCUGGACAACCGGUGGAUGCCUACUACGAAGUCAGGCCGGAGUACACAGACGACAUCCCCAAGACCCGAUUCAAGAUCAAGGCUGGAAAAACCCUUAGUGUUAGAAAAUGGAAGGCUGCCUUUAGCUUUGAAGGAUACUUGGACAUUGGACCAACUCUUAGUCGAAUUCGUCGAGCGGGAAUACAUCCAUCAAUUAGAGGUGAAGUUUGGGAGUUUUUACUCGGAUGUUUCAGUCCAAAGAGUACGUUUGAGGAGAGAGAGCAGUUGAGACAGCAACGAAGAGUACAAUAUGCCCGAUGGAAGGAAGAAUGUCGACAGAUGGAUAGUCAUGUUGGCAGCGGUGCCAUCAUUACAGCUCCGAUAAUCAGCGACGAUGGAGAACCAAUCAAGGAUCCUCUUGUUCUCAUGCAAGCCGUGCCAUCGGCUAACCUUUUCGACAAUGGUGAAGCCAGUGAUGGAAGCGGUGAUGAAUCCCAAAUGCAUAUCACAGACAAAAAAAUAAUUCAGUGGAAACUAACUUUACAUCAAAUCGGUCUCGACGUGCUUCGAACUGAUAGGACGCUUGUAUUUUAUGAGAAGCAGAACAAUUUAGCAAAGCUUUGGGAUGUUCUGGCUGUUUAUGCUUGGAUUGACAAAGAUGUUGGCUAUUGUCAAGGUAUGAGUGAUCUUUGCUCUCCAAUGAUAAUGCUUCUUCAAGACGAAGCGGAUGCAUUUUGGUGCUUUGAACGGUUAAUGCGGAGAUUGCGAGGAAAUUUCAAAUGCACAGAAAAGUCUGUUGGGGUGGAGAACCAACUACAAAGUUUGGCAUCCAUCACUCAACUUCUCGACCCCAAGCUACAUCAACACCUAGAAAAACUUGGUGGCGGUGAUUACAUUUUUGCUUUCCGAAUGUUCAUGGUCUUGUUUCGCCGAGAGUUCUCAUUUUGUGAUUCGUUAUACCUAUGGGAGAUGAUGUGGGCUCUAGAAUACGACCCAGGCAUAUUCUUGGUGUAUGAAGAACAAUUGCUCUCUGAUGAGAGGAGUGUGGGAUCCAGAGAAAAAAUAAAAUCAAUCCGCCAAUUUGGCAAGUAUGAGCGAGAAAAUCUGAGGAAUGGAGCCAAUGGUUCUCAACCCUCUCUCCCUAUUUCAGUUUUUCUUGUUGCCAGUGUUCUCAAGGAAAAGAGCAAUAAACUAUUGCAGGAAGCAAAAGGCCUUGAUGAUAUUGUAAAGAUUUUAAAUGACAUAACUGGAAAUCUGGAUGCCAAGAAAGCAUGCAGUGGCGCCUUGAAGCUUCACAAAAAAUAUUUGAGAAAGGCCAAAAAGGCAUAUCUCUAAAGCAAUAUGAAGAAUAAAAGCAUCAUCAGUGAAUUUUUGCUGCGAGUAAUUGAAGCGUGCUCAAGAAUUUCACAACAGCGUGUAACUGUACCGUUGGAAGAAUCACAUGAAGAGCUGACAAGCUUCUUUUUUUUAGAAACAAUGGUUGGAUCCAUGGUGUGCUUAUUGUUGAGCAUGUUCAUUGCAGUUUAUUUAUGCUUGCUGCAUUUAUCCCAGUUCAUUAUGCACACUUUACCACAUAUACGAUCAUGUAUAAAACUGAAAAAUAUUUUCUCUUCUCGAGA